AUGCGGGCGGUCAUUCUACUGCUUUUCGUCACCGCAACUGCUUACAGUGAAGAAACUUCAAGUGAAAAGGACAAAAAGGAAGAACCUAAACUUCCUCCAUGUCCGCACGUAAAUCCUUACAAAAAUUUGGAGAAGUGGAUGGAAUACAGGCCAACGAACUGCAAUUACACAACUACGGAAGAGGAAUUGACGGAAGAACUGAAAACCUAUCAAACAUUUGGCCUGAAAAGCUUUGCGUUUGAUUCUUUGGCAAGUGAUCGCCUUGGAAUCGACCGUCCUCUUGGUGAUCAAGCCCACAAACUAUGCAAAGAACAAAACUUCGACGCAGAAUAUCCAACUUCAAUUAUUAUCAUUCACCACAAUGAAUGUUUAUCUGUACUCCUGCGAAUGCUAACAAGUAUAUUUGAACGCACACCCGAAAAGCUAUUGCAUGAAGUGAUUCUCUAUGAGGAUGCCAGUGAAGAAGAACAUCGCCUUACCGAACAUUUGAACAAAUUUGCCCAGAUCAAAGGAUACACCGAAAAGAUGAAGGUGAAGAGAAUCGAUGAGCGUCAAGGACUUAUUCGAGCGAAGACUUUGGCUUCCCGAGAGGCUACCGGAGAAGUGCUUGUCUUCCUAGAUAGUCAUUGUGAGGUUCCUGAGCGAUGGCUGGAGCCAUUACUGGCACCCAUCAAGGAAAAUCCUAGCAGUGUUGUACUGCCCAUCAUCGACUUAAUCAACCCAUUCACAUUCGAAUACUCAAAAGCAAUGAUCUCAAAAAGCGGUUUCGAUUGGUCACUGGUUUUCAAAUGGACAUACAUUCCAUGGGAAUACUUCGAUACCCCAGAAAACAAUGUGAAACCUAUCGAAUCACCGGCAAUGCCAGGAGGACUUUUGGCGAUUCGUCGUGAUUAUUUCAAGACACUCGGAGAAUUUGAUAUGGGCUUGGAGAUCUGGGGUGGCGAGAACAUUGAACUGUCACUGAAGACAUGGAUGUGUGGCGGAAGAAUUGUCGUGGCACCUUGCAGUCGCGUCGGUCACGUAUUCAGAUACCGAAGACCUUACAAGGGCAAGCCUUUCAUGGAUACUACAGUGCACAACGCAGCGCGUGUGGCUAAAACUUGGCUGGGUGACUAUGCUAAGCAUUUCUUCCGUGCUAGAGGAAUCUCAGCAACAACUGAUGUUGGAGACAUAAGCGCUGGAUUAGAAUUGCAGAAACGAUUGAACUGCAAGGACAUGGAAUGGUACUUGAAGAAUAUCUACCCAGAAUUGAAGGUCCCUGAGUACAGACAUGAAGAGUUGUAA